GGGGGAGGGAGAGUUUCCGGACACUCAGAAACCCCGGAGUGAAUUGCGGCGUGAAGGUUUUUCCUGGAAGAUCAUCGACUCGACACACCUCGCGUGGCGGCUGAUAACCUCCGCCAUCGUCUCCAACAAUACCUGACGCCCCGGGACGCCCUGAAGACUUUAUACUCCGUACAUAAACCGGAGACCCAAGGAGUGGUCCAGGACAUGUUUCGAAAAUUCAAUGAGUACAACACGCGGGCCGACCAGAACCCCGUAGAGGCGCUGAACGAGUUAGAAUACCUCCGGGGGCAGAUGUUCCAGUUUCGCAACGCCUACCUCCAAGACCUGAUCGUGUUUACGCGAUUCAUUGACUCCCUGCCGUCCGAGUACGAGGUGACGAAGGAGACCCUAGCAUCAACCACUGAACUCACAAGGGACACCCUCAUCCGGGCGGCAGUUAUCCGGUUCCAUAACAUCAGCAAGAAAGCAGCGGGAGUGAAAGCAGCAAAGGCGUCAGAACAGGCCUUCCUCGCCCGCGACUGUAAAAAGGGGCAACGGAGUGGCCGUGUCAAAAGAGAGGGCGGGGCUACGGCGGAUACUACUUUUUGGUUGAGAUUCGUGAGUGAUUUGUUGAGGGAUGUUGCUUGUGACGAAUGAUACCGAAAGUUUCUACAGGAGAUUCGCGGUAAAGGCGUUUCCAUUGUCUGAUUUGGUGUUCGUAGAGUGAUGGUAGCUUCGCUUACGAUGAUACAACUGCGAAAGGGGAUUCGCGGUUCAGGCGUUCCAAUUCUUGAGUGUGGGUGUUUUGUUGAGCAAUUGUUAUUCGUUUUUUCGAUGGUAAAAUCCAGGCGUGUUAUUACGGGUGUUUCGUACGACGAUGGUGAUUCGGCUCCAAAAACCAGCCACUCUAUGAUGGGGAUUCGCGGUACUGGCGCUUCCAUUUCAUGAUGUCCGCGGGCGAUGAAAAGUUUGUCUGGGGCAGAAAAAAAAAGGGUUACGCGGUAACAGGUGUACCAAAUGAGGGGAUGCAGCACAAGCGCUCCCCGCAGUCGAUGAAAGAUCCACGCACAGAGGGGUAAAACAGUAUCCAGCGUGUCGGCUGAAAUGAAGGGGUACACAGGACCAGGUGUAUCAAAGCCGAUUGAAAACUCAGGCACAGGGGUAAAACAGUAUCCAGCGUGUCGGCCAGACAAGGGGUACACAGGACCCGGUGUAUCGACGUUGCAGACACCAGCGCAGUGAAAAUUGUGCAGGUGUCAGCAUGAGGUGGAAAUGGGGAGGGGAGGACACUGUUG